AUGAGGAGAUCUACACGUGCAUUUGCAUUGAGACGUGGUGUUAGACGACCACGUAAGAGGACUUUGGAAUCUCUGGCAACGGACUUGCUAGAGAUCCCUAUUGGGGUUGAGCCUGUCGGUCAGGGACCGACUCAAGAUACUGCAGGUGCGUCGGGCUCCCAGACCCCGAUAGCUCCUUUAGAGGUACCUACCUCGGUUGCACCCAUUAUACCCACCCCUAUAGUAUUUACGGUACGACCAGCGGUACCAUCGGCAUACCUGGUACCACCACCACCAGUGCCUACGGCGUACCAAGCACCACCACCACCGGUGCCUACUGCACACCCAGCACCCGCACCAGCAGCAGCAGUUGCUCCACCUCCGGUACCACCACCCACUGUACCUCCAGUCGCGCCCACCUAUACUGACCCUGCAGUGCCACCAGUGGCACCUGCCCUAGCCUAUGCAACAACACCGGGGAUAUCUCCCCCAACCUAUCCAGCGGUACCACCUGUAGUACCACCUGUAGGACCAGCUCCAGUGGUUCCACCAGUUCAUACAGCCGUCCCUACUCAGCUCAUUGAUAUAGUUGCGGCACGAGCUCGGAUCCUAGCUUUGGCGAAGUCGAUGAAAUGUCGAUUCACAGUGUUCUGCGGAGAGACCAAUUCGAGUGUGGCCCAGUCCUGGAUAGAGACUUUGGAGCAGACCUUCUUCUACAUGACUUGCUCUGAAUGGGAGAAAGCAGAGCUGGUUGUUUUCCAUCUACGAGACGAGGCUGAUAUAUGGUGGGAUACGCAACGUUCCAUUAUAGAAUUAGUUGCUGAGGACAGAUCCCGCAUGCUACAGUUUAUCCAAGGUCUGGAUGGACAUCUGCAAGUACAGCUUGCCAGUUUUGGAAGUUCAUCCUAUUUAGAGACGUUAGACAGAACCCUCAUGAUUGAAUCAGCUCAGCAUAGAGCAUUUCUGGACAGGAAAAGGAAGCAGAUGGGUCCGACAUCAGGACAGAUCCAGCAGCCACAGGCUACCAGAAAACAACAGAGUGGUCACAGUCGGCCAGGUCAGGGUAGUUCUGGGGCUUCGGGGCAGCCUCAGAAGUCAGGGCGAUCUUCAUCAGGACAUUCCUGA